AGUAACUAACUGCUGGUAUAUCACAGUACCCAGACCUCUGAAUCAAUCACAGACUGCCAUUUCUUUGCCUGACCUUGUAAAUGGAAUUACUACAGCAUUAACACAGGCAAAGGCCAGGCUUCAUUAGUUCUGCAGCCCAUGGGAUGUACCCUCUUUUUAUUGCAGGAUAGAAUUAAACUGUACUUACCUUAAUCUAAGACACUUUUGUCACAGGGUAAUGAGUUUCGGUCCACAUAUACUAUUUUGCACAGUGUUAAAAUGGUGCAAAAAGUGUGCAUAAACAAAGCUAUAGUAAAUAGUGCAAAAAUGCCAGUCCUCUGUAACAAAAUAAGCAGCCUUAGAUCAAAACAUGUUUGAAUCUAGAAACCGUCUGCCCACUCUAGGAGCUUGUACUUAUUGGGCAGGUAAAAAGGUGUUGGGCUGUCUCUCAGAGCACAUGUAAUUAAUCAAGAAAUAACAGAUUUUUCUGCUGCUUUUUAAGAGGGAAGGAUGCAGAAGAAAAUAAGCCCCUUUCAUGCUAAGAAGAAAAUGAGAAGUCACCCCUUUCAUGUUAAUUAAUGCAUUCAGAAGCCGUACUGAAAGGAAUUUAAACUCGUGAUAGUCAUAAGAGGACAGAUAAAAGGAGAAAAAAACAGACCAAGUCAAAGAAAGCUGCAUAUGCCCUUAGUUAACAGACAGAAUACAGGUCUGAAGGAGAUUUUGCUUCAGAAGCCUGCCAUCACUUGGUACCUAAAUAGACCACAUCAAAUUCUGCAAACUCUGUUACGCUCAGUUGCAAACACCUUGAUGUUUGAACAGGACCAACCUCACAAAAUGCCCAGAAGAUAUAACCACCUGGACAGCAACUACUUCAAAGGGAAAGGACAUGUCUAUUUUGCAGCAGAAGAAGCUCUGGGUAUUGGACUUUUCAUUUUGGUGCUGGCAAUUUUACUUGCCUUUGGCUGCUGGUAUUACAAAAGACGUAGUGGCUACAAAAGUCUGCACAGCAAAAGCUCUAGCGUGAGCACAAUACGGAACGUGGUGGGUGACGGAGAAAUACUGGACUGCAAAAUGGCUCUGCAGAACUACAGAGACUUUAAUUCUGUGGUACCUGAUGCUCCACCAGCUUAUGGCAAAAUUGCUGCAGAUCAAUCACCACCGCCUUAUUCACCAUAACAUGAAAUUUGAAACCCUAAACAUACUGAUUCCAUUUACUCAUGCUCGCUCUUUAUUUCCUGUAUAUGGCUAACUUACUUAAAGCUAAAAUCAUACAAAAGAAAACAACAUGUUUUCAUUAGCAGUUGCUGAAAACUAUUCCCACCUAAUUUACAGAACUAGUCUUUGAAAUGUCUUAAUAAAUCUGAAUGUGCUUUUGUUUUAAGCUUUUCACUUCUUGCAGUCAGAUUAAUACAUUAUGGUCUCGUCAUUUUGAAUCCUUCAUAGGUCUACAUAGCUCUGUAAUCACACACUAUUCAGUAUUAAUCAGAGUAAAAAUUGUUGUUUGUUUUCAUUUUCCUCAUUUAGUUUCCCUUUCUUUAAACAAUAAUAAAAAACCCCAAAACACCAAAACAACAACAACAGACACGCACAAAAAAACCCCACCAAAAAACAAAACAAAACAAAAAAAACCCCAAACAAGUAUUCCUUAGAAUAGGAUGUAAAAUAAUCUGUCACAAAAUGAACGAAACCAUUUGACUACAUGUCUUCUUACAGACUGUUUUCCUCACCAGCAGUUUUAAAAUCAACUUCCAAAAAGUGACUAUGUUUUACAACACACUUGUUUAUAUACCUGUAAUGAAUUAAUUCCUUAUAAAACAUGAUCAAUCUAGGCAAUCUAGGAGUUUCUGCUCGGAGUCCAUACUAUUUCAUACUGCAAAUGGAUAUAAUGACAUCAUCUUUUGUUUCCUUGUGACAGUCGUGAGAGAGCAAAAGAACUUUGUAAAUAUAAAGACUUACAUGCCAUUUCUUUCUAAUAUGAUAAAACUAUAUAAGAAAAUGUACAAAAACCAUGUCUCUUGAAGAAUACAGAAGACAGCAGACUCCUAGAUGGUAAUUUUCGUGGCUUGCCAGAACACUAGCAGUAAUAAAAAACAAAGGAUUUUGAUAUGCAGGAACUGGCUACAUACAUUUGAUAAGUUACUGUUUACUCAGCCUUUUUUCCUAUUACUUGCUUGCCAGAUUAUUACUUAAGAUUAUAUGCAGAUCAAUACACUUAUACACAAGGCCUGAUAUCUCACAGCAGGAGGCAGCUAGAAUGGUACAAUAUUCAUUAAAAUCAAAAGUAGCUACAGAAGAAAACUGAUUUCAUAAAGCAAUUAUUAACUGCUAUUAGUAAAGGAUCUAGUUCUUUGUCAUCACAUACACAAAUACAAACAUUAAAACAAAAGAAGUUUUCAACACAAGGCACGGUUACUUGCCUAACAUAACUGAUAAAAAAUAAAGAAGCCAUUUUUUAAAAAAUAUUUCUUCUGUAAUAAAAAUGUUUAUACAGAUUAGUAAAAUGUUUAUAUAGAUUAGUAAAAUUUUAUAUAGAUGAGUAAAAUUGUUGGAAGGUAAUAAAUAUCAGUAAUUCCUGUGAAAGGUUAUAAUCCAUUCAUAUGUUUUUAUAAAUUUAGUUGAUAUAUUUAUUUAGAAACUUAGAGAUGUAUUUUUGUAUUUUAACCUAAAAAGCUGCCUUACCUUUGUCAUUUCCCAUAUCCGCCUGUCAGGGAAAAACUGUGGAAUUAUUUAGCAACAGGAAGAAGAAUACACAAGAAAACAUAAAAAAUGCCAUCUUAUAGCUAGUAAGCACUAGAGAUGUAGAACACAAUGGCUGACUAAUUUUCUUGCAAGACUGGUAAGCUAAAGCUUGGGGCUGAUAUCUUUAGCAACUCAGCACUCUGCAUUUCUCUACUCUAAGGCAGCAUCCUUUCAAAAGACUUUAGUACUACAGUGGAAUAGAACUGAUAUAUGCAGUCAUUUUCUCAUGUCUGAGGAAAAAAUCAAUUAAAAAUUAAUAGAGAUCAUUUACUAUAAAAAAGUGCUUAGAGUUCAAAAAGCUUUACUUGAUUGCACAUAUUUUUAGUAGUGACAGAAUUAAAUAUAUUACCAGACGUUGCAAAAGCUCAUGAGGAAGUUAACACUGAUGAAGUAGAAAUAUUAAUUUCUUUGUGGGACUACAUAAGGCUAAAUUGUUAAAACUCUUCAGCAGCCAGAACUGGAACAAUUAAACUUUGAGCUGAAUUUACAGAUACUUAAAGGAUAGAUAAGACCUCUUGGAAACCUAUCCUUAGUUUUCAGAAAGUCAUCUCCUUUUUUCUCCUGGUGAAAGUAGUAUUUUUGCUUUAUAGACACAGACAGUGGUCUCAGAUUUAAGUGCAUUAAAAUAAGAGCAUGAAAUAGAGCUUCACAGAGGACUCAAAUAGUUGUAAAUUUCAUCACUCAUGCUGAAUGCCAUUCUAAAUUCCAUUUUUUAAAUCUGGCUCUAUACCCAGUGAGGGUACAUGGCAAAGUCUGGCUGCUGACUCAUUAAAACAGAAAAACACUGAUACAACACAGGUCAGACCUUGAAAACAAGAGACCUGUAAUUGCCAAAGCUGCAUGAUGCAAGAACUGGUACUUUCUGUAUUGCACUCAAUAACACUGCACUUUACCAAAGACUAGUUUAAACAUUCCAGGAUAUCUGUUCCUUUAAAGAGAAAUGUAUAGAAAUGUUUUAAUUACUAUACAUGGAGAACAUGGUAUAGGGUGUUCAACCUUCCUGGAAAGUCUUUAAGAUUAGACAGUUAUAUGACCCCAGCAACUGGUCACCAAAAUUUAGAUUAAUAAUUUCCUUAGUUUGGUCAUGUAUGUAAUAGAGAGGACGUAAAAGUCAAAGAUCUUCUGCCCCUUUGGUUUUUACCCUCUUUGCAAUCAGGCUGCUAUCAGAUGCCUUGUAUUACAACUAUAAUUUUGAAUAAACAUGAUAUUUGUGCUUCAUUUUCUUAUAUCAAAAAAAGCUAGUGAAGUAAUUCAUGGGCAAUUUGAGUUUUUCCCCAGGAUGCUGACAAAGAAGUGGCUGGUCAUAGCUGGAGAAUGACGCUCUGCUUGCUGCUUAUCAGCGCUAUCAGAGCAGCAGACACACUGUUAUUACAGCUUAUCUGAACAAGAGGAUCUUAGAAACUUCCCCAUAGCUAUGCAUGGAACCCUUACGUAGAUGCAACAAGUACUUCAAAAACAGACCCCUUACUAAUGUUUUGGUCAGAUUGGUAAAUUAGAAUGGCAAUAGCAGUUACACUGUGUGUAACACAGACAGUGUUGGAUUCCUGGUAUGAUCCUGUUGGAGCAUCUACUUUCUAAUGCAAUUACAAGCCUUAAUGUAGCCUUCAAAGCUAUUGAACAAAGGUAAAAUGCAGCAGGUCUCAAUGAGUUCAAUCCUCCUGGCAUACUGCACCAGGCAGCAAAACACCCUCUCGAGGAAAGAGCCAAAGGCUAUAGCCUAUACAUGUCAGAAAGUUAUCUUAAAAGAAAAGUACCACAAACCUUCCAUAGGAAGCGCUUGCUUUUUUAGAGUCUCACUAGUCUAGUGUAAAUGACUGGCAUUUGGAGCUGGUUGCUGGGAGAAUCCAGUGACAUUCACCUCAGCAAUGUCCUUUGGCUUAACUUCUGCUACAGCUGGGGAUGUAUGUAUAUUAUCUUGGCCUUAAGAACUGUAUUAGCCAUAUUGCUUGUAAUUUUUCAGUGAUAUACUUUGAUUCAUUUUUAUGUCUAAUAUUGGUAGAAUAUCCAUUACUUUGUUGGUGUUAUGUCCAUGUACUCAUAUGACAUAAGAGUACACUUUUUGCCUUUAAAAGCAAACUUCUUUUCACUUCUUAUGUAAAGGAAAAGAUUAAUGAGUGUCUUUGGAGAAGUAGCAUUUAUGCACUUGUACUUUUCUGUUGACUAUGUAUUAAACUGUGUAACAAGGCUGAAA